AUGCCUCGACCCGGCCGAAACACCUACAGCGACCAGAAGCCGCCCUACUCGUACAUCUCGCUGACCGCCAUGGCCAUCCAGAGUUCGCCCGAGAAGAUGCUGCCGCUGAGCGAGAUCUACAAGUUCAUCAUGGACCGCUUCCCCUACUACCGGGAGAACACGCAGCGCUGGCAGAACAGCCUGCGCCACAACCUGUCCUUCAACGACUGCUUCAUCAAGAUCCCGCGGCGGCCCGACCAGCCGGGCAAAGGCAGCUUCUGGGCCCUGCACCCCAGCUGCGGGGACAUGUUCGAGAACGGCAGCUUCCUGCGGCGCCGCAAACGGUUCAAGGUCCUCAAGUCCGACCACCUGGCGCCCAGCAAGCCGAGCGACGCGGCGCAGUACCUGCAGCAGCAGGCCAAGCUGCGGCUGAGCGCGCUGGCCGCCUCGGGCUCGCACCUGCCCCAGAUGCCGCCUGCCGCCGCCGCGGCCGCCGCCGCCGCCGCCGCCUACAACCUGGGCGGCGUGGCGCAGCCCUCGGGCUUCAAACACCCCUUCGCCAUCGAGAACAUCAUCGCCCGGGAGUACAAGAUGCCCGGCGGCCUGGCCUUCUCCGCCAUGCAACCCGUCCCCGCCGCGUAUCCGCUCCCCAAUCAGUUGACUACCAUGGGCAGCUCGCUGGGCACCGGUUGGCCCCACGUGUACGGCUCGGCGGGCAUGAUCGACUCGGCCACCCCCAUCUCCAUGACGAGCGGCGACUACAGCGCCUACGGGGUCCCGCUCAAGCCGCUGUGCCACGCAGCCGGCCAGACGCUGCCCGCCAUCCCCGUGCCCAUCAAGCCCACGCCCGCCGCGGUGCCCGCCCUGCCCGCGCUGCCCGCGCCCAUCCCCACCUUGCUCUCGAACUCGCCGCCCUCGCUCAGCCCCACCUCCUCGCAGACCGCCACCAGCCAAAGUAGCCCGGCCACCCCCAGCGAGACGCUCACCAGCCCGGCCUCCGCCUUGCACUCGGUGGCGGUGCACUGA